GUCAGCAGUCGCGCCACAGCCGCCUUGGAUCGAUCGUGUCGCGCGCAAGAUAGAACGACGUGUUUCUCACACGUUUACUUUGAUAGUAGUGUGGUGUGGUGUGUGUGGAAAAUAGAGGACAGUUUUUCCGGACGCGUCGCGUGUCCGCGUGAAUGUGUGUGCGUAUGUUUUGAAUUAAUUCGAGUGCAUAAUCAAAGAAGAUAAAAAAAACACGCAAAGAGAAAGGGCACCAACACGCGCGUACGCUUGAUUUGGGUGUGUUCUUUUGUGUUGGACGUUCAUGUCUAAUUGAACAGAUGCCACAAAGUCUCUCAACUACAUCAGUGUGUGCGUUAUUUGGUUAGAUUGUGAACGGGACCAAAAACGCAAAAGCAACGUAAAACGCAGCUGAGAAUCAAAAGUGAAAGGGGAACCAUCAGGCAGGCAGAUCGAGUGAACGGUGAUGUGUAUCUUGUUCAUCUACGUCAACAGUGGCCACGGUGGCGAUGGCGAUCCGGUGCUCGGCGAGUAUCGGCUCAUACUGGCCUCGAACCGGGAUGAGUACUACGCCCGACCGGCCAAGAUCGCCGGACCCUGGGACGAGAGUCCGCACGUGAUUGGAGGCCGUGACAUGGAACCUGGUCGCGAGGGUGGCACCUGGCUUGCGAUCGGCAGCGACAUCCCGGCCGGAAUCAUCCGCGUAGGAGCCCUGCUCAACGUUACCGGCGAGAACAAACCCAACGUCACCUCCGGUCGCGGCCCAAUCGUGGCGGAUUACGUCUCCGGCACAACCCCGAACGAAGAUUACUCCCGACGUCUGCUGGCCGCGGACAGCUACGGGGCGUUCAACUUCGUCUCGGUCGAGCUGGAUCGGACCAAAGCUUCGGUGUUGCACGCAAGCAACGCCCCAACCGGAAUCAUCCGGUGUGAUCUGACGGCCCCGCUGGGAUUCGGCAACAGCACGAUGGACGUUCCGCUGGAGAAGGUUCGACACGGUCGCAAGCGGUUCGGCGACAUCGUGGACAAGCAGCUGAAGGUGACGACGGACUGCGAUAGGGACGCGUUGGUCGAGGACCUGUUUGGGCUGUUGAAGAGCAAAGAGAAGUACUUCCCGGACAAGGAGCUGUCCCGGCGGGCACCGGCUCAGGCGGAGAAGCUGGCCAGCAUUAACGUACGCUUUCCGGAGGCCGGGUACGGGAGUCGCACACGGACGGUCAUUCUGGUGGACCACCAGAACCGGAUGGAGUUUGUCGAGGAAACGAUGGUUUCGACGAGUCCGGAAGGCGAGUGGAAGAGGACGCACAUUCAGAGGCAGUUUUGAGAUUAACGGGGGGAGAAACGGAACCUAAUACGGGUGUGGACCAAUAUGCAUCAUCAUUAGUGAAACCUGCUCAAGGAUAACGUAAAACGUGUUUUAUAUUUUUGAGAUUGAAAAUUGCGAGAUUAAAUGGUAGUUGUUUCAGAGAUUAGUACUAAAAAAUAGACGACUAAUAAACAAUGUUUUCCAAUGC